CAGCCGCUCUGGCCGUGCCGCGGAGCCACGGGCGCGGCGGCCGAGGCCGCCAUAUGGCGGCCGCCGGCGCCGGCGGCGCGGGCGCCGGAGGGCUCAGCGCGCUGGAGGCCGCGCUGCACGCGGCUGCGGACUGUCAGGCCUUCCUCCUCUCCGGCCCGAUCCUCGCGGCCCUCGUGCUCUGCGCCGCCGCGGCCCCGCUCGGGCGCGCCCGCGACCACUUCCUGCGAGAACUCGUGGGGAACUUCCGAUCGUCGUGUUGCUGACCUACACCCCGGGCGUCUGGAUCGGGGUCGCGGCAUGGUGGCAGGAGUGGUUGUGGCACGUCGCGGGCUGCAUCGCGGCGGACUGGCUGGCGGGGGGGCCCCACGUCAGCCCAGGCGCUUCGCUGGCGGCGCUGGCGCUGGGCAUGGCGGACUACCCCGAGUUUCUGUGCCGGUUCGGCGGCCAGGUGGCAGGGGCCCUUCUGGCGUGGCCCUUUUGUGGCAUCAUCGGCGCCCCGCUGGGCCUGAAGCCGCUGGGGGGCCCCAGCUUCGACCCGGCUCUGCUGCCGCUGGAGCAGGCUGCCCUGUACGAAGCCUCUGCCGCCUUCUUGCUGAACCUGGCCGUCCUGUCGCUGAACCACGCCGAGAGGCUGGUGCCGCUGAGGAGGUUCUACCUCCUCAAGGCGGGGCUCACCGCCGCGGUCAUCCGCGUGAUGCUCCAGGCGCACCGGCCCACGGGCCCCGCGAUGAGCGCGGAGGCUCCCGUCGCACCCGAGGGUCCCGUCUCGCGGACGAGCGACGCAGAGCAACGCGGCCGUCUUCACCGGCAUUCACGCGCGCGCUACCAGCGUAAGGUCGCGCGCGAGCGCCCCCUUCUCCGGCGUGGCGUCUCGCGGGCAAAGGGCGGAGGCUCCCGCCCUGCCCUUCGGGCUCGGUCGAUGCCGACUUCCGCCCUGCUGUGCCGCCGCGGGCGCCGCCGUGCCUCUGCCGGGAGACCCGCCCGUGCCGCUCUGAGGGUGCGGCGGGAGCCUCCCCCGAGCCCCGCGUUCGCUUUCGCCUACGCGUCCUUCAGCUCCUCUGCCCCGUCAGGGCCGCGGGGAUCGUGGGCGCCGCCCGACUCUCUGGAGCACUACGCCUGCUACUGGGGCGCCUCCCUCGGCGGCGCCCUCGCAGCGGCCUGCGUGUUCGCGCACGGCACCGGGCGCCCCCUCUUCGGGGCCGCGCCUCGGGCCGCGGGCGCUGCCUGCGCGGAGCGGAAGCCCAAGCAGCUCUGACCCGCGGGGGGGUGCGGCGGCAGUCGCGCGCCGCGUCGGCGCGGCUGCGACCCCCGCGCGGCCGCUCUCGGACAUCCGGUCCGUUGGAAGCCUCGUGCUUCGUUUUCCACCCGGCCAGCGGCUAGGGCGAAUUCGGUGCGGAGUGGCAGCCCAAGCAGCACUGCCCAGAAGGACUCCACAGACCCUCAGAUCCUAGCGUCGCACAGAAAAAGUCGCGGCGACGGCUGGCCUGCGGCUUGCCGCCGUUCCCAGCCUCGGGGAGCCCGUUUCGGGCCCAGG